AUGGGGACCGCGAAUAAAAGAUCACUAAAGGAAAUAUUGGACUCUGAGUACGUUGAGAAUAGCGAUGACGAAGUACAGCAUGGUGAUAGCGAUCACGAUGUGUCUGACAAUGAGGAAGCACCACUUGAUCCCAGUAUUUGUGAAGAAUGUAGGGAUAUGAAGUUUGAGAUCAUAUGUAAAGAUUGUCAAGAGAACUUUUGUGUGAUCUGCUAUGAAAUGAUUCACAGAGGUGGUAAAAGAAGAAAGCAUGAAUUCACUAAAGUUUCAAUAGAUAACCCGGGUGAGGCCACUGAAACAACACUACAACAAUUACCUGCUGACAGUAGUGAACAGAAAGAAUUACAAGAUACGAUAAAUAAUUAUGAUGGUUCAGAGAUACCGGCUCAGAAACAGGAAUCUGUUGAAGAUACCAAUUCUAUUGACAACAAAUUGAUGUCCAUUCUUUUUGAAACGUCUCAUUACAUACCUAUGAGAUUAACAUAUGAAGAAAGACAUUUGCUAAGGCUGUUGGAAGCAGCUUUGCAAGUCUCCGAAUAUACAGAUAGAGUCGAUAUUUUGUCAAACAAAUCGAAAUCAAGACGUAUAGUAGAACAAUUGAAAGAAAUAUGUUCUGUGCUUUCAGGCUUGGUAGUGGCUUCCAACAUGAAAUUGGGUCAGAAGCUAUUGGAUAUGAAAAACUUUUCUGACAAUGCUAAAUGGUUCCAGGAUAUCUUUGAAAUCGGAAGAAGAUACAAAAUCAUGAACCCCGAACGUAUGCGUGACACAUACGGUAAGUUAUGCUACAUGGUUAUGGAUUCCAGAUUACCUCAAAUUUGUGAACAUAUGGAAUUUCACUUAUACAAACCUAUCUUAACAGUUCAGUCAUUCUUAACAACUAAGACGGAAGAUAAUGGUAAAGCAAUGGGAAUUUUCAAAGAUAAAUUGAUCCUAGCGGCUACUAGCCAUAUUUCUCCUGUCGGUAGAACAAGGAAUCAAAUAAAUAGAAGUAUUAAACAAAAAGAAACUGCUAUUGAAACUCUAGCAUCAAAGUACAGCAGCAAACACUACUCAAAGGAAGACAUCAGACAGGCUUUGUACUCUAUUGGAGAUUACAACGCAUAUGUGAAUAUGAACAGAAAGCCUGUGUUGAGAAUGUUAUCGAGAUUAGAAAUAUUCCGCCAACCAGAAGUGGCUGCAAAGUAUAACAUUGGUAUUCAGUAUGGUCGCAAUGGUGCCAGAUUAACACACGAUCAUGAGAGACAAUGGCACUACGUACAACAGUCUCUAACACUUUGGUCUAUUAUUCAAAGGGAGAUGGUAAAGUUAUGGUAUAUUGCUGACCUCGAUCUAUUUGAUGGAUCUAACUAUAGACUGGCUUCAACAGGACAUGGCCUAAAUCGGAUUAAACCUUGUCCUAGAAUCUACAAAGAAAUGCACAGGAUUAUUGGGGAGUGUAGAUCUAAAACAGAAGCUUGGGUGGGGUCAUCUGUUGUCCAUUUAGGAGAUGAUGCUGUUCCUAAUGCCCUGUUCUUCCUGGACAAGUACACUCAAGUACCAAGCAUUCUAAUUCCAUUCGAUCAAACAUUAAUCCAAAUAAAUGACCUUGUUAAAAAUGAUGAGUACUUACUGGAUUAUAUUAAAAAGGAAUAUGGUUCUGUUGAGGAUUUGAAAAUGACUAUCUUACAGGAUGCAUUUGCUCAUAUGUUUGAUGGAUCAGGAGCAGACAACUUUUACAUGAGUGGAUCUUGCAUUGACGGUAGAUUAACUUCAGCAUGGAACCACUGUAACGAAAUCUCCAAGAAGAAGUAUUAUAACAUCUUCUUAUUGACAUCAUUUACAGGAUUUAAUGGUUCUGAAGGGUUUUGA